UAACGACAAAUUCAACAUUCUAUUUCAAAUGUUAGUGCCCGAUUUUGUAGAAAGACUCCCGUGUUCUUACUCCACCGGUGCUGGGCAGUGGCAAGCGCCGAGAAGGAAGUUUCCUGCAUAUUGUAGGGCAUAGGCCCUCGCACUAACAAGUAGAUUCUCAUUGCUAAUCGCCAUGAAAUCUUCAGUACUGCUUUUGCUACUCUGCGCCGCGGUGCUCACUGUGGUCACCUUGGCUUCCGAAGCGUAUCCCUCUGGCUACGAUACCGCUUCCUGCGACGUUGACCUGCUCCCCGUCAGACAAGAAGUCUACGACGGUGGGCGCAUCUUCGACAUCAGUCACCGAUACACGCCUGAUAUGCCGUCCUUUGAUUCCGAUGAGGGAAUCGGUCAGUUCCUGUGGCUGCCCCAGAGUAUGAAGAACGGAUCGAUUGCCAAUAAUUCUGAAAUGAAGAUGCAGACUCACACCGGCACGCACGUCGACGCCCCGGGUCACGUCUUCGAUCACUACUUCGACGCCGGCUUCGAUGUCGAUACUCUUGACCUUGAAGUUCUCAAUGGUCCUGCUCUGCUAGUUGAUGUUCCAAGGAAUAAGAACAUAACCGCUGAAGUUAUGGAGUCCUUAAAUAUUCCUAAGGGAGUACGUCGUGUGCUUUUCAGGACAUUAAACACGGACAGGCGACUUAUGUUCACAAAGAAAUUUGACACAAGCUAUGUGGGAUUCACACAGGAUGGGGCAAAAUGGCUAGUGGAGAAUACUAACAUUAAACUUGUUGGGAUUGAUUACUUAUCUGUUGCUGCAUAUUCUGAUUUACUUUCUGCUCAUUAUGCUUUUCUUAAAGGCAGGGAAACCAUUCUUGUGGAAGGCCUGAAACUGGACGACAUCAAACCUGGAAUAUAUUCGGUCCAUUGCCUACCUCUGAGGUUGUUUGGUGCUGAGGGGUCCUAUAAGAUGCAUUCUCAUCAAGGGUUAAUUUUCUCAUAGAUUUUACAAUGUAAGCGGUUUGCCACGAGAAGUCUGGGGAUCUGUUACCACUUACCAUCUCUACUAGGUAAUCCGGAAAUUCAUGCCCAUGACAUAUUCAUGCGGCUUAUUACCUAAAAUCUUUUCCAUGUGCCAUGCUGCUUAUUGUAUGUGAAUUGAAACACAGAAUUCCCUUUGACAUAUUCCUUUCAUUUGAGUGGCAUGAAUAGUACUGUCAUGCA